UCCUUCUUUUAAAUGGGAUUGUACUUUGAAUUUAGGAUACAUGUAAGUUAACACAUUGAAAGGAUCGCGAAUAUCUACUGCUUAAAACGGGUUAUCCAAUAUACUUCCGCUUCUCUAUGCGUGUGUGUGUAUAUAUAUAAUAUACCAUUGGCAGGUAUAACAAGAGAUGUCCGCUUCAUUCAGGCAGUUUUGCCUGCACCAGACCGGUAUGCAAUGGGGCAGCUGACCCUGACAGGAUUGAACUAAGUACAGUGCAUGUAGUUGACACAGCACAUUUGCUUUUGACACUAAGCGGUUUGAAAAAGAGACACAUUUACAGUUCGCAUUGACGUAGACUUCACUUGUUCGUUGUGUUUAUAAUAGUAUGAGCAUUUAAACUAGUCGUCACACACCUACCUAGGAUUUAAACUCGUACCUGCCAAAAGUGGCUUUUUUUGUAAAACCACGAAACACAUCCUCGACGAACUCGGAUCGUAGUUUUAGCUGGAUUUGCCCCGUCUUUUACAGACCGACCUACGCUUAAAUCGCAGCACUACUUGUUUCAGCAAGCGAUGUGGCUGUUGGUUGUUGCACUGCCCAUGCUCCCUGUGAUUGCCACACUGGUGUUCCAUUACCGAGAGCGGGUGGGAGCGCUGUGUCAGAGAGUGUUCCACAGGAGGAAGAUGAGCAGCUUCGCACAGAGAUCAUUAGAGAGGCGCACACACAGCUUCGUCCUGAUGAACUCCACCCACGGGCAGCCGGAGAGCGUGCUGCAGACCUUUGAGUGCUAUUCUCAAACACAGCCCACCUGCAGUAUUGGGCAAGAGAAAGGGGAGUUUUUGGACAGCGCAGUGAGCAGGGCUGCCCCUCUGCAGGCUCUGGAGCUGGGCACGCACUGCGGGUACUCUGCUAUCCGCAUUCUCAGGCUCCUGCCCGCGUCGGGGAAGCUGUACACUGUGGAACAGGACCCGGACACAGCCGACGUGGGAGAGGAGAUGAUCCUGGUGGCUGGAUUCAAACACUCACAGUUCCAGCUGCUGGUCUCCCCGUCAUGUACAGCCAUUCCCCAGCUGCAGCCCCAGUUUGGAGUGCAGAGCCUGGACUUGGUUUUCAUGGACCACGAUGUGGCAGAGUACCUGCCUGACCUGCGGGCCCUGGAAGAGGGCGGGCUCCUAACCAAGGGUUGCAUCAUCGUGGUCAAUAACACCCACCUUCCAGGAGCCAAGGAGUUCCUGCGCUACAUUCACAACAGCUCCCAUUACUCUGUGUGCUUCCAGGCACUGGGCAUGCAGGAGAUCCGCUACCAGGCAGCAAACACCACAGAAGAGCUUACUGUUACACUGUCAAAUCAAAUGGUUACUUAAAGUUCAUCAGCAACCAAUACACUUUUGGUACUACCUCCACUGUUACCUGCUGUGGCCACCACUACAGCACACAAGUCUAUGAUAAAAGGCAUUGCUAAGUGUGCAUUUAAACAAGCUCAUGUGAAUAUAUGCGCAGUCUGUAUUAACACAGUUCUGAAGGUUUACUGCUGUGCUGUAUUCAAUUAUGACAGCAAAUCAAAGUUUUAGGAAGUACAAAUAUGGUGUAACAGAAGGGAGUAUUAAAGCUGGAAAUGCAUUGUUCAAACUUAGAAUCAGAGUGCAGAUUGACUGGUAGACGUUCUUACUUUUUAUUGAAUGUUGCCCCUAAAAUAAUUUUUAAGAGGAUAUUGUAAUUCGUUUAGUUUGCCAUGAGAGGGCAUCAGCAGAACACAUUUGAGAUAAAUAACAGAAACAGUGUAUGCUAUCGAGAGACAGUUAAUCAGAAUUUGUACAAAACGGUUUUUUAAUAAACAAAAUAUUAAAAAGUGCGGUCUUUACAUGGCAACAAAGGAGUGUUUAAAACUUCAGAUUUAAUAGAAAAUAUACAUCCAAGAUUUGUAGAAAAAUAACUUAUUUGUGUGUGUGGGGGGAGGCAGACAGCAUCUGCAGUAUAUACAUUAACUAAGCAUCGUUAUUUAUGUAGAAUUUAUACGAUUGUAAAUUACGUUUUCUACCAAAUAUGUACUGUAUUAUAAAAAAUCUCAUUGAUUUUACUACUUUUAAAAUCAUGUCUUGUUUUACACUGUAUUUUAAUACUGUACAUGAAAUGAA